GGCGCCAUCUUGUGUUCAUGCCGGGUACCUGCAAGUCUGAGCCGUAACUCCCACGAAGCACUCCCACGCUACGUAGUCUGUGAUCGGAUCUGGGGGAAAAAAACACGUAGCCGUGUGAUAUGGACGUUUGGACGAAAGCAAAAUGAAUCUGGAUUAGAUUUGUUGGUGAAGACUGAUCGGCAGUGGACAGUUAAACUUUGGAUGGAGUGUAUUUCUUUAUGCAGCGCAGUCCAAACACAGCACGGAGGCACUGAGGGGGAUCGGAAUUUACCGGUGACAAGAGAGGGAAAAAAAGGAAAAGAGGAUCCACUCUUUACAUGGAGUUUUAAAAAGCCUGCUUCGUGUUAAAUACAAUAACAACUCGUAUCUUUGAAGACUUGAGUCGAUGAAAAGUGCUUCCAGAAAGGGACAACCCAAACUUUCCCUCAUCUAGCUUUAACUUCUGAAGAAACAGUUCCGACCAUGGCGAAGAAGUAUGAUUUCCUUUACAAAUUGUUACUCAUCGGGGACAGCGGAGUGGGCAAAACGUGUUUGAUCAUUCGUUUUUCUGAGGACAAUUUCAACUCCACGUACAUUUCCACCAUCGGCAUCGACUUUAAAGUAAAAACCAUUGAAGUGGAGGGAAAGAAAGUGAAACUACAAGUCUGGGACACAGCAGGACAAGAGAGGUUCAAGACCAUUACCACAGCCUACUACAGAGGAGCCAUGGGCAUCAUCCUGGUGUAUGACAUCACGGACGAGAAGUCCUUCGAAAACAUCCAGAACUGGAUGAAGAGCAUCAAAGAAAAUGCAUCAGCUGGGGUCAGUCAAAUGUUACUAGGCAAUAAGUGCGACAUUGAAGCGAAGCGGAAAGUUUCCAGGGAGACGGGAGAAAAGUUGGCAAAAGAUCAUGGCAUCAGGUUCUUUGAGACCAGUGCAAAGUCCAGCAUUAACGUGGAUGAGUCUUUUCUGUCAUUGGCAAGCGACAUACUACAGAAAUCCAGCAAGAAGCCAGGCCCCACGGGCCGAGAGGUGAAAAUCACAAGCAGUCCAGAGAAAAAAUCCUCCAAAUGCAUUCUUCUCUAGAUACGACGCUGGCCAGCACACGUACGAAAGAACCAUGCACAUUUAAGAGCGCAUCAGUAUUACUGGGGAGAAUUCCAGUACAGCAGGUUUUCUGUCUCCAUCUGGUGGGCUCACAUAUCAAAUACAUACGGGUGCUAAAACUUAGUUUUUUACAUCAAAACUACUUUUGUUCCCCAAAAGCGUACUUUGGCAAAAAAAAAGAGCUCAAAUUUUAUUAAAGUGAUUGUGCCUGUAUUUCACAUUGAACAUAUCUUCUGCCACAUCUCCAGUGAUACUGUUAUUGUCAUGAAAUUGUUGCAAAGUCGGGGUCCUAAAUGACCCCAAACAAAUAACUGACUCAGCAUUUCACUUGGCAGAUCCCACCAUGUUUAGUUAAGCUGUACAUUUCUGUCUCUGCCUUGUUUUUCUCUGGCUUGACACCACAUUUUCAUCCCUUCAACAGCACUGCUUGCUGUCUUUAAAGGGCCUUUAGCUGUGUUUUUUUUAAACUGAGUUGCUUUGUAAAGAAAAAAUGUCACAACUUAAUGGAACUAUUUCUUUCUUACGUGUGAGCACACAGUGGUAGCUUUUAGGGGCUUAAUGGCAAAAGAAGAGUUUGAUGGAAAGGGUUUUGAUUCACAUACAGUGCACACAGUAGGCUUCUGUUCAUGAAUCUUAAAUACUUGACAGAAUUAGUGAAUUGAUUAAGUAAGUGGUAAAACAUCUUAGGUUAACAAUGCACUUUCGCCUCCGUCAAUUCACUGUUUGAAAUUCAAUGAUUUGUAUAAAGCACAGACAAGUUGACAUCCCACUCCUGCAGUAAGAUAUGAGAGGGCGGAGAAGCAUUUUAUCUCCCCACAUUUUACUGGACCAUAAAUAUAUUGCAGAGAUGUCAGAGUGAACAGUAAUAAAUGUUGGCAACAUUUGUAGUUGCAUUAUGUUCAUAUUGUGCUUAUCCUUUGGAGAAUUGCUGAAAUAUUUGAAUUGUGUACAGUAUGUUAAGUCAUUCUACAGUAACAGAUGCCAUUUAACAUUAAGCCCUGAGUCUAGCAUGGGCAUUUUUGGGGGUUGAAAAAACGCUCUUUGCGUUAAUGAAUUAAACGAGUUGAGGGAUGCGUGAAGUUGAAUCUGAAACAAACACUGGUGGUAAACAAGCUUUGUUUAAACACAUGACUGGAUUGAGAAUGUGGACGAUAGGAACAGAGAUAAGUGCAAUAUGAGGAGAUGAGUGGAGAGAUGAAAGAGUGAUGGAUAAAGCAAGUGAAUGGACAGGAUGUGAGGGAAGCAGCAGUGCUCACAUGACCCUCACUCAUUGGUUUCGUGGGUCGUGUCUUUUAUCUGAAGUGCCAGGUUUAUCUCUCACUUAACACGAACACACAUUAGCUAUAUCUGACGAGACAAUUGUUCAAGCAAUUUCCGAUCAUUCAAAAUGACUCUGAUUAGAGGUGCUCAGCUGAUCCGGACAGGCUUGCUGUGUUUCCUGUAUCUGUUUUUUAUGCAUUUCUUUCAAAUUCAAUGUCUUUUCAGACAUGCCACAUGGCUUUGUAUGUAUUUCACAGACCUGCCACUUGCUGAAUAAAAAUGCUAAACAACAAAUAUGAUGAGCGUG